AUGAAUCACAUAAUUCUCAUCUCUGGAAACUGGAAAGUUGAGAAAACUAAGUGGUCCUUUAAAGUAGAUAAUGAGAGAGGUAGCAUAUUAGUUGCUGUGAAUGAAGAGACUAAAUUUGAAGAUUUUGUGAAAGCCAUAUUUGAGGAUUACAGAGUUGAUUUUGCACAAAACUACUUGGAACCGAGGUAUCUAUUUCCGAAGCAAAAUGCUCACAGUCAAAGCAUGGAUGCACCUGUCAAGAUAGGAAACGAUAGGCAGUUUCAUAUAUUUUUGGGUCUCUGCAACCCAUACAGAAAGAUGACUCGUUGGGUGAAGAAUAAGAAGAUAUGGAUAAAGAAGGUGAUCUACUAA